CUUGCGAGCGCCAUGUUGUUCGCGGUGACGGCGGCCCUCACGGCGCUGCCAGCGGGGGCGGCGCACAUCCCUACGUGCCCCUCGCCCGCCUCGCUCAAGUGCCUCCUCGACUCGCUCGAGGCGCAUGGCGCCGUGGCGGUCAGCGGCGUCCCGGGCCUCGAGGCGGCCCGCGCCUCCGCCUACGCGUUGCUCGCGGCGUGCGCGUCCGACGAGGCGACGCGCGCGUCCAUGCAGGAGGUGGUGCUGGGGGACGGGACCGCGCGCCGCUCGCUUGCUGCGCGCACCGUGCGUGGCGUGCCCGAGCCGCUCGAAGGCACGUGCAACGGCGCGGGCGAGGCGCUCGAGCCGCUCCGGGCGAUUGUCGACUCCGCGAGCCGCGCCUUCCUGGGCGCGCUCGAGCCACUCGAGCGUGGCUCGGCCGCCCUCCUCACCACCCGCUCGGGCCGCGGGUACCACUCGCUGCUCGAGGUAGCGCAGGGCGGAGAGCAGCUCGAGCACUUCCACACCUACGUGCCGCUCCGCCUCGCGCCGGCGCCCAACGCCUCCUCGCACGACUUGCCCGCCCUUCCCCUGCACACCGACGCCGGCCUCCUCCUCGCGCUGGUGCCUGCGAUGUGGGUGGCGAGCCCCUCCGACCUCCCCUUCUCCCCCUCCUCCCCUUCGGACGGCUUCUCUGUCGAGGGCGCGGCCGGCGAGCUGCUCACAAUCGAGCCAGAGUCGGCCCCCUCGUCGGUGGUCUUCGUCGUCGGCGAGGGAUGGGGCCGCUGGCUCGAGCCGGCCCUGCGCGGCAAGCUGCGCGCCGCGCCGCACUCGCUCGCCAUUCCGGCUGGCGCGCGCGGCAGCCGGGCGUGGUACGGCCGGAUGCUGCUGCCGCCCGGCGACGCGCUGAUGCCCUCGUCUAAGCGCGACGGCGGCGCGCCUCCCACCUACUCCGAGUGGUCGGCCUGGGCCAAUGCGCAACUGGACGUCUUCGACGCCGCCGGCUGCAACUCGAACCAGAUCUGGUGCUGGCACGCCUGCAAGAACUUGGACGAGCUCAACUGCGCCAAGGAGGACGCGGUGUGCGCCCUGCCGGACGGGUCCGUCUGGGACGGCAACGAGAACAACCACAACGCCCAGCUCGAGUGCCUUCCCGAAGAGCACUCGGGGCACGGUAGGAACGGGACGGACGAGGCGCGCUUCUGCACCGGCCGCGGCACGUCGAUGCACAUGGACGGCUUCACCUUUUUGCAGCGCGGCGAGACGAGCUGCGUCAUCUUCCUUUUCACCCCGUGGCUCCUCUCCUCCGAUGCAAAGUUCGCGCUCGCCGUCCUCGGCACGGUCGCCCUCGGCGUCCUGGCCGAGCUGCUCACUUGGACGCGGCGCACGCGCGUCUCCGCGUCGGAGCGGCUGCGCAGCCGCCCCCACGCGUACCGCGCGGCGAUGGGCGGCCUCUUCGCGCUCCAGGUGGCCCUCGGCUACGCGCUGAUGCUCAUCGCGAUGACCUACCAGGCGGAGCUCUUGAUCGCCGUCGUGGCCGGCCUCGCGCUCGGGCACACACUGCUGAACGUGACUGCCCCCGUCGGCGAGACGAGCGACCCGUGCUGCGCCGAGCCCGUCGCACAGGGCGGGGAGAGGGCCUGGCUCGACGGCGUGCCUGUCCGGGCCGGCGCGCGCUCCCUCGAAGCGGUCAGCACGGACGGCGCGACAAGCCGCUCCUCGACCGAGACACUGCCCGCCGCCUUUGGCCAGCCGCACGCCGAGGGCGGCGGCGAGCACUCCGCCGACCUCACGGUGGCGCCCAUCUCGUGCGAGAAGUGCUGCGCCGCCGUCGCGGGCUCGAUUCGCGCGGUCGAGGGCGUCAUCGACGUCCGCUGCGACCUCGACGGCGCCUGCCACGCCACGCUGAGUGGCGAGCUCGCACGCAGCCCCCUCGCCCCGGCCGCGCUCAGCGCGGCGGUCGCCUCCGUCGGAAAAGUGGUGACUUGCGGGCCCCACCUCUCAAGCAAGACACGCGUGCGGCUCUAGACGGCGCGACAACGCAUUGGCUUGCUCGUCUACCACUGCGGCUGAAGGACAAGCCCCCGCAGACCCGGGCCACCCGGCCGACGGGACGCCGGGCAGCAGCAUGCGAAGCGGGCCUCGACGCCCCCGAUCCCCCCCCCCCCCCCCCCUCCCCGCCUCGGCGCAUCCGCGGUAUCGCUACCCCCUCACUGCAGGGUGGCAGCAGCUGCGCGCCGAGACGCCCCCGAGUCGCGAUCCUCGCACACACUCUGUCCCUGUAUAUGCACCGCCCGCCCCCGCCGGCCCAGAUGUCAGGCCGCGGAAUCCUCGCGCCCCCCGCGCAUGCACUCUCGCUCUUGUGUAGAGUCCGGUAUCUCAGCACACGAUGAAAAAAGAAAAGGCGCU